CUCUGCAACCAGAUACAGACGAACAAGCAGCCAAAAUGACCACACGAAAACUACCCAAUAUUAUCAUUACGGGCACGCCUGGUGUCGGAAAGACGACUCAUUGUGAAGCUCUCGCCGAGCGAACUGGACUGCGACAUCUCUCAGUGAACCAAGUUGUGAAGGACAAGGAGUGCCAUGAGGGCUGGAGCGAUGAGUUUCACAGCUUUAUUGUGGAUGAGGACAAGUUGCUAGACGCUAUUGAGGACGAUGUCAAAACUGGUGGAUGCAUUAUUGACUGGCACGCCUGUGAUCUCUUUCCAAAAAGCUGGAUAGAUCUGGUUGUCGUGCUUCGGGUUGAUUCAUCAACACACUACGAUCGCCUUAUAACAAGAAACUAUCCUGAGUCUAAGCUGCAAGAGAACAUCGACUCUGAAAUCAUGGAGGUUCUCCUCCAAGAAGCCCAUGAGGCUUUCGAGGAGGAGAUUGUCAUUGAAUUGACAAGCAACACGUCUGAUGAGAUGGACACAAACGUCGAUCGUAUAGUAGCUUGGCUUGAUCAGUGGAAGAAGGACAACAGCGAGGAAUAGCCGUAUCUUCAAACACAACUAUAAAGGAAUGGAAAUUUGCUACAGGGGUUACUACAAAAGUCUUUAGCUGGGAUAUUUUGAAGCGUGGACUCGGUUGGUGAAAAUAGAUUUUUAGAUGCAAGCCUAGGGCAGGCUAUGAAUUGACAUGAAUCGUUCUA